CAUGACGACGCGGGACGUUGUGCUAGCACCUCUUAGUACCCGCAGCGCACCCGAUUGAUAAAUCGGUGCUUCACAAGUGGCGAGGCUUCAUUAUCGCCUCCCGACUCACUUUUUUUUCUAUACGGGCUUCAAGCUUCGGACAAGCACGUGAUGGCUACCCGUUAUACUUCUUCGCUCGCCAACGUCCUUCAUCUGCGUGACGUUACCCCAGAACGCCAUGGGGAAAGUGCUGGCGCUUCGUUGAAUCUGCUUGCUGUAAGUAUCUUUGGCGGGUGAGACAUAUAGAUCUGGCAGAAAAGCAUUCACUGACAUUUUCUGUGUCUUUGUUCUAGCAUGACCUCAAGAUGGCUUCCUCUGGCCUUCAGCAAAAGGUGCAAGAGGAAACGAGGCAAUUUGCAAGGCCGUCCGAGAUGUCACUGUCUCCGUCAACUACCCCUCCUUCGGACGAUUCACAGAGUGUCACAAACGAUGGCACCGCCACAUCACUGCCUCCGAUUCUUUUACACCCAACUGCGUAUGCUCAUAACUUUGCCGCGUCGGCGCUGCCAGCCCCUUACCUUCCAGUGCCGAUUCCCCCUGUUCCCCAUCAUGCGUAUACCUUCCCUCCUGUGGGUCAAGCAAGUGAACUUCCUCCUAAAGUGUUGACAAAGCACAAUUCGUAUCCUUUACCCAAUACCCACCAAUAUCAAUCUCCUGCUACCUCACAAGGUCACUCUCAUCAAGUGGCCGUUGAGCAUGGUCGUCCAUCAUCGGACAGUCAAUUAAAAGGAAGCCAUCCCGCUUUACUCAGAAUACACGGCGCAAACAGAGCUUACCCCUACCCGACGCCGCCGCUAGGACGGUGGCCGAGCGUCAGUGGGCCGGACCCACAUGCAGUCAGCAUUAUGGCGCCUUACAAGACCAGUCAAUCGUCGACUAUGGUUUCCACGGCUGCUCCCGUAACGGUGCAACCGAGUGUGGAGCAAUCACAGGGCCCCUGCACAUGUAAAGACCAUCAACACCGCUACGAUUGCGAAUCCCAUCGUGCGCCUAUGGCUGCCGAAGCCCAUCUGGCCCCUCAACCUCGGCUGCAGGCAUCACCCUUCCGCCAUCAUCCUCCGGCUUCCGACCAUACCGCGGACCCUGUCGGACAUCUAAGCGCUUAUGCACACCUUCCUGCGCAACCAGAUUCGGACGCUCAAGUGUACAUGUCGGCGAAGAUGGAACCCACAGGCGACCCCGUGAAUGAAACCUUAACUUGGCAAAUGCAAGGUCAACCGCAACACUGCUAUCACCACCACCAUCAUCACCACCAUCACCAUAUCGAGCAGGAGCAGCAACAGCUUGCCAAUAGCGUUCCGGCGGACUCCGAACCCCUACCAGUGUCAUCCAAUGCCGCACAUGAACAGUUCGCGGCACCGGUCACUUCUCCAUACGAUACCCAACGCUUCCCACCGCAUGCCAUGAACUUCUCACCUUACGCGCAUCCCAAUUUCACCCAUCCACACGAUCACUACGCACACCCUCCUCAGAACGGCUUUGGCACCCUGAGUGGCGGGCCCCAUAUUCAACCGCAAUACCAAUCACAUCAAUACAUUCACAACCCUGUCGCUUCCGCAACUCCUCAGCUUGCAUCUAGCCAUCCGCUCCAUGUGCCGCGCAAUGCAGGGAACGUGCCUGACGGUCACACCGCAGCUUACAUGCCCAUGAUGACCUACAUGGCCACCCCACCGAGCUCUCAGGGGCCUCACUCCGAUGACUUUGGGUCGUCGUACAGACAAGGACCACCGAUGUCGCAUUUGGAUCGUCUCAUGUCCGGACCCAUGCAUCUCUCCCCAUCUCCCGCGUCCACACCGGACGGAUCGCAAGCGUACCCACCGCCUGCAUCAGACGACGUACGUAAGCCCGUGAAGUCAUCCCCCCACAAACGCUAUGUGUGCCCUGAAUGCGCGAAACGAUUCACACGCCCAUCGUCGCUGCGGACGCAUCUCAACUCACAUACGGGCGAAAAACCGUUCCUCUGCGUGUGCGGGCGCAGCUUCAGUGUGCUGAGCAAUUUGAGGAGGCAUGAACGAGGCGGAUGUUGUGCAAACAAGGAAAGCGUUGCACCUCGAUAGUUGGCAGAAUAGGACGAAUGUUCGUUACUCCUUUACUCCUUUUUUUUUGGAUUACAUAUAUCUUGAUCCUUU